AUGCCUCCCAAGCUUAAGAACGCCGUUCUCUGCUUCUCGGGCACCUUCGAAGCACCAGUUGCCAACCUCCAAAAGUGGACUGAAGCCAACGGCGGCACCUUCGAUCGCAAACUCACCCCCUCUACCACUCAUCUUGUCGUCAGCGAAGCUAACUGGCGUGCUCGUGUUCCUGAAGUGAAGACUGCACUCGCGAACGGCACCAAGGUCAUCGACUACGAGUGGUUUGACGACAAACUGCGCGCCACUGGCCGUGUUACGGAGAACAAAUACCUCUGGACUUCCAUCGAUGCCGAGCGUCUGAAG